AGGCUACAAAGAUUUCGAUGCCAUAAUGGACAAUGUAUAACUGGCAAAUUACUAUGCAACGGCAGAGCAGAUUGCAAGGAUUUAUCUGACGAGACAGUGGCCGAGUGCAAAGAGAUUCUGUGUCCUAACUAUGCUUUUCGCUGCAAUUACGGUGGCUGCAUAAACGGAGACUACGUAUGUAAUGGCAUUCAGGACUGCAUUGACAACAGUGACGAAACGCAGCUCCAGUGUACAAGAAAUAUAACAAACGUUCAUACAAAAAGAUCUAUACGUAAAUGUGAGGCGAAUCAGUUUAAGUGCGAUAAUGGCCAGUGCAUUUAUAGCAUUAAUGUUUGUGAUGGAACUCGAAAUUGUGUCGAUGGAUCGGACGAGGAUUCGAGACUAUGUCGCAGAAUCAUAUGGCCAGGAGGUUUACAGCCAGAACUACAAUCAAUGUACAAACCACGGCUACCUCGAGCCGCGUUGAAUGAUUUUUUACAUAAUUUGCCCUUCCCUGAAAUACAUCUUAACUAUAAAUGCGAACCACCUCCACGACCGCCGAACGGUCGUCGGAACUUACAUCCGUCGCAAUGCUCAGGUGAAAAGGAAUGUAUCGUUCCCGAUGGAAAGCCACUGGCAUAUGGAACGCGUCUCAUCUACUCUUGUAACUUGGGAUAUAAAAUAAUAGGUCAAAACGAUUUUAGGUGCCUACAAGGAGGAUGGAAUAUCAAAGUACCCCUAACAUUUCCAAAAUGCAUAGCAAUAGGCUGCAAAGUUUUGACCACAGUUUCAAUUCAAGCUAGAUGUACAUACAAUGACCAAUGGAUAUCGUGCAAAACUUCAGUUCCAGGAACAAAAGCAAUAUUGGAUUGUCAAAACGGUUAUCGCCCUGAAAAUAACCUACUGUUCGUACAAGGAAACACUGUGACAUGUAAUAUGAAUGGUGAAUGGGAACCAGAACUUAUACGAUGCGUUUCUGCAUGCGGCACUCUACCUCCCGAUGUUAAAGCGACCAUUGUUGGCGGUGUACGACCGAAUAUUACAGAAUUUCCGUGGCACGCUUCGUUGUAUCGCGAUGAACCAGGCAAGACAAAGAAGUACUUUUGUGGAGCGACCAUUAUUCAAAAGAAACUUCUAAUAACGGCAGCUCAUUGUGUAUUUGAUGAGAAUACUGGACAACUGAAUGACGCCAGUAAAAUUUAUGUACUAGUGGGAAAUCUCUUUCGUGAUUAUGAUUAUCUCUAUCACAAUCGAAUCCUCGUUAAAUACAAUCAGGUGAAACAUAUUUACAUUAUACGCAAUUAUCUGGGACUUGUGGGAAAUUACCUUUGGGAUAUUGCGAUAUUAGAACUCGUCAGACCGUUUGUACUGUCAACAUGGUUGGUUCCAGUAUGUAUAAAUACUGUAAGCGAUAAAAGUGCAGUGGAAGUAGGCUCUUACGGGAAGGUAGCGGGAUUUGGUAGAACUGCACACGGUGAAACUAGCGCAAUGUUACAAGCUUUGAUAGUACCUGUAAUUUCGUUCAGCCAGUGCAUAUCCGCGAGUCAAAAUGCUAAUACGCGACAAUUUAUCACCAAUGAUAAGUUUUGCGCAGGUUACAGAAAUGGUUCUUCUGUUUGUGAUGGUGACAGUGGCGGUGGAUUAGUCUUUAAGACUAAUAAUACGUGGUAUCUCCGAGGUAUUGUUAGCGUUUCCCUUGGCACGAUACAAGACGGUGGGAUUGCUCAUUGCGACAACAACUUGUAUACUUUAUAUACAGAUGUAUCUAGGCAUAUUUCAUGGAUUCAAGAAGUAAUUUCAAAUGUUGAACAAGACCAGAGACAUGCGUUAUGCUCAAAUGAGUCUUAUACGAGAUGUUCCUAAAUUUAUUGAUACCAUCGAUUAUUAUACGAUUAAUUGAGCACUGUAAAAAAGCAUUAAUUUUGUAUUGUAUAUGUCAAUAACUCUCGAUUAAUUAUUUAUUGUCACAGAUUUCUAUAGAAUAAUUAAUCAAUAGUAUUCUAUAGAAUUUGAUUAUUAGUAUAUGAAAAUCUGUGUUUAUUAUAUUAAAGUAUAUACAUUAAUCAUAAAAAACCAUUAUGAAUAAAUGAAUAAUUUUUUCUA